UACAUUUUAGCUUUCCUCACCGAUUGCCGAAAUUCUAAUCCACCAUAGCACCCACCCCCCAAUCUCCUCUAACUGUACCCGCCGGCGACAUCCCAACGACGGUGGCGAUUUCAACACUAUAGUGGCGACAACACCAGCCAACAGCGGCAGCCAUUCCACAUCCACAACCCAUAACCACCGCCACACAACAGUGGUUGCCUGCUCAUCUCAUCAUUGAUCUCAACCCCCGAUUCCACAUCUCCGCCCUCUGUGGAAACGGCAAAACUAAAUAAAAUGCGGAGGGUUCUGGGGAAGAUUUCUGGGUUACUGAGCAAUCGAAAUAUGGUUGGAGUGGAUAAAACUGGAAACAAAUACUUCACCAAAAUGGAAGAGGUUGAUGGUAUCAUGAAAGAGAAAAGAUGGGUGGUGUUUAAGGGAGAGGAGGACCCUACCUCAAUUCCAGUUGAAUGGAUAUGUUGGCUGAACGGGCAACGCAAAAAAGCUCCAACUCCAGAGGAAAUGAUGGAAUUGGAAGCAAGGCGUGAACGUGUUAGACAAAAUGUUGCUCUUCUAAAGAAAGAAGAAGAGGAAAGGAGAGCCAAAGAAGGCAGUACAGGCAAACGUGUCAGCACUGGAAAGGUUGCUGGUCCAGACUUGAAAAGUUUUAUCCGGCAAAUCCCAGUUGGCUCAGAAGGUAGUGAGGUUGAAGAAUCAUCUGUUGCAAGGGGUAGCUUGAGGAGUACUCAAGAGAACAAAACUGAGAAAGAAAAAGUGGAACCUGAGUCCUCGGAGCCAACAGGAUCUGGUGCAACUUUUAGGCCAGGAACCUGGCAACCGCCAACUUGAGUUUUUGUUACAACAAAGAGGGGCCUUUUUGACAUCAACAUUCUUGUGUUAGCCUCAUGCUAUGUUUAUUAGAAAUUACAUGCUUGGUUUAUUUUCUUGCCAAAAUUUUUUUGACAAAUUUCUUCCCAUACAAAAUUGUAGUAUUUCCUUGUUCAUUCAUAAACAUCAAUUCAACAAAUAUGAACACCAGAAUAACCCAACAUGAGGGUACAGCCAAAACAAUGGUGACCUAUGGAUUUAUGAUGCGGUAAGCUCUAAAAUCAAAGGACCAGAUAAGGGUAUUUCCUUUAGACAUCCA